AGCUAAUUACGGAUCGAAAAACUAGACAAAUAAUUGAAAAAACAAAGAAAAAUUUGCAAAAAAGCACCUCCUGUUUUCCAAGGAGGCACACACACAGGUGCUGCCCUAAUUUGACUUCGAUAUUAACGAAGAAGAAGAAGAAAAAUAAAUACUUCAAAAUAGUGUUUUGAAUUCAAUGUGCUAAUAAUAAUGGUGUUACGAAAAUCACGAUUAACGAAUUAAUUAAAAACAAAAAAAAGUCGGAAAAAUUUUUCUAAAGAAAAAAAAUAAUAAAAAUUUCUCACCUACUCUCACUGCCAAACUAACAAAAAAGGAUAUAAAGUUAAAAAUUACAAAGAACUUUUUAAAAAUGAUUGACAAUGAAACACUGCCCGCAGCCACAACGACCACAGGGACAUAUUAUUCCUAUACCAUACCGGGUAUGGAUAUUAGCAGUGGGUCCAUGCUCUUUACGCUAGUCAGUCAGUUUAUGGGGGUGAUAACACCCAAUGAGUUGCCGUUAGGACAAGUUAGACACUUGCUACACUCAAAUCUAACCCUAUUCGAGUUCGGCCUUAAUGCCAUAAAAGUGGAAUCCGGUUUCAUAGCCCUGAUGAGCAUAUUUAUGAUCUUGGCCGUGGUACCCAUAUUGGCCACCUGCUGUUGGUGCUGCUGCAGUCGCCAGCCGGGCGAUGAUGAAGAAUUUGCCCGCAAUGCUGCCCGCAUGAACGAAUCCCUCGAAGAUGGUUUAAUGUGUCGUAAAAGUGCAUCCAUUACCACACUGUGGAUAGUUUUCAUAUUGUUAAGCUUAAGCGAUUUGUGCAUCUUUUAUGCCAACAGCCGUUUGGCCAGCACCGUGGAAAUGACACCCGAAAUGAUCAAGUCCACCGUGCACGACAUGGAGGUAUUCCUGAAAGACACCCAUUUACAAAUCAAACAUAAACUUGAUAACGGCUUUCAUGUUUCGGUGGAAAAGGUUGUCAAGGAUUUGGAAGAUGUGGAUGUCUUACUUGGUGAACCAAUUCAAGCGGAAAUUUCAGCACACACUGGCAUUGAGUUGGCCUAUGAUUCCUUGGCAACCUUAAGCCUGGCCAAUGCCGAACUUAUUUAUCGUGUCCUAAUGCUACAAGAGACCGUUGGACGAGCCUUGAAAAUUUCCCAAGAGGCUUCGGCUCGCAUGGAAGAAUUACAAAUACAAUUGUCUGUGUUGCAACGCCAGUGCACAUACCGAGAUCGACCGCUAUGCGAUACGCUGCGUAUAAGGAGUUUUGAGGAGAAUGGUAUUAUUGAUGCUUUGAAAACGCUACAAGAGGAUCAAACCAUAUUUCGAAUGCGUUACUUGGGUGAAAUUGAAUUUGGUGCAACGGUUAAGAAUUUAACCUCCGAAGUUGGAAUGUCACGUUCGGUGUUUAGUAAUUUUCCGCAGCAAGUGAAAAUGGAUACGGCCUACGAAAGGAAUUAUACCCUGCAACAAUUGGAAACGAUACGUCAUCGAACCACAACAAAUGCUCAAAUGUUAACAGCAACCAUAAAUGUUUUGCUCGGCCGUUUGGAAGGCGUCUGGGAGUCGGUGAGGCCACAAUAUGAAAAACUACAAGAUUGGUCCAAUGUCUAUUGGACCACCGGAUGGGUGGCCGCCAUGGCUGUGGUCUGGAUACUGAUCUUUAUGCUGAUGGCCUACUGUUGUUUUCUAUGCGAAUCCAAUGUUAAGGCCGGCGUUUUACUGUUCAUAGCGGUUAUUAUCAUUUGUCUGAGCUGUAUUGGUCUGACCAUUUACGGCGUACUGUCGCUGGCCAUUGGCGGUAAUGCCGAAGUAUUUCUGUGUAAACCGUUGUAUGAUGCAGGUGUCAGUGUUGUCAAUCGCAUGGAUACAACAACGGGCAUGACGCCGUAUGACUAUAAUGCCAAUAGCAACAACAACAACUAUAAUGCCUAUGAUAUGCUGGGUAAGUUAUUCGAUAAGCCUGGUUAUGUUUAUGAAAAUGAACCGGAAGUGGGCAUUAUUGGUGAGCUUUUACGUCCGGAUGGAGUGAAUCGGCCAAUUGUCAAUGUUAGCUUAGCCUCGGCAAUAAGAGGUUGUGAAAAAAACGAAGCAUCGUACAAUGUCUUUCAAUUGGAUGCAUUCGUUAAUACAACGGCAAUUUCCAAUUUGAAACAAUUCCCCAAAGUCACGCAAGCCAUCGAUUCCAUAGAUGUAUCCGAGCGCACCCUGCUGUCGCUGACACAGACCAUACAAAGUAUCCUGGAGAGUAUGCUGCAGACGUCGUCAUUUAAUUUGACCACAUAUCGUACCACAAUCGGAGCACCAACACCGGAAAAAGAUUUGGCGACAUUCAUAGAUCAAAUGCAGAGGGUGGCACUGCAGAUACAAGACGUGGCAACAUCCUCACGUAUGACAACACUUGGCAGUCGUUCGAAACGUUUACAAUCUUCAAUUCUGCAGCCAUUGGAGCAGUUGCAGAAUGAAAUACUCUAUCAUCUGACAGCACUGGAAUUGCAAAGGGACCCCUGGGCCAAGCAGGUCAAUCAGACAUUGAAUCAUUUGCGCAACAUACAGGAGUAUCUGGAGAAGACGGCCGGGGAGAUAUGUGACAAUCAGACACGAAUCUAUACCGAAAGACUGAAAACCUAUUUGGCCAGCGACAAGGCCACAAUGUCUUCACAAUUGGGUGAUACCACAGCCAAGUGUCGCCCGUUCUUUGAUAUCUUUGAUGCAAAUCGCAUAUUUCUUUGUCGAAACAUGAUCGAUUUUGUCAAUGCCUUGUGGUUCUUCCCAUUUUUGACAUUGCUACUGUGGUCCGUUGCGACGCCGGUGGGUUUGAAUCUAAUCACCUUGCAGCGCAAAUUGACCACACUGAAGCAGAUACGUUUACGCGGUGGCGGUGGUGGAGAUCGGGGUCGCAGACGUGAAAGGGAUUCGAGUACGUCACGAGAGCGCAGCACUAGCAGCGGACGACGAAAACCGGCACCAUUGCGCCGCACUGCCACCGAAGAAACCUUGGACAUCGAUGACAUUGAUGCAGUGGGUCAACAACAAACGCCGGUACGCAGCCGUAGUCAACCAAGACGCCCCGAACCGGAACCUGAAGAUAAUUGGCGCUCACCUGGCCCGAUACGGGCUCGUUCGCGUGAUCGCACAUCAUAUGAACGUGAACAGCCACGGGCCAAGCCACCUAUGCGUCGCCAAGGUACCGAAGAAUUCAAUUUGGACGAUGAAGGUCAGCCAACCGCCAGUUACGGUCGUGAAAGAAGUCAACCCCGAGCACCCAGUCGACAGCAGGAACGUUCCCAGCCAUCUCAGGCUGCCAAAUAUAAACCAGCCUUACGAAGACAAGGCACAGAAGAGUUUAAUUUAAACGAAGAUGAAGAUACGGGCACAUAUGCACGUGAACGUAGCCAACCAAGAGCACCUAGCAGUAGUAGACAGCAGCCUCAACAACAAUCAAGUAUACAGGCCCCAGCAAAAUUCGUACCGGUCUUACGAAGACAAGGUACUGAAGAGUUUAAUUUAAAUGAUGAAGAUGCGGGCACAUAUUCCCAGCAACGUAGCCAAUCUAGGGCACCCAGCAGUAGUAGACAACAGCCGCGAGCACCACCACCCAAAAGUGCCAAAUCAGUACCGGUCUUACGAAGACAAGGUACUGAGGAAUUUAAUUUGGAUAACGACACUACAGCUCCCUAUGAACGUGAACGUAGCCAGCCCAGAGGCAUGGCUAGCAGUAGGGCCAAUCAGCAACGUGGCCAAUCACAGCAAAGUUCCAAACCCGUUAUAUUUAGCGAUGUUCGUAGUGUUCGCUGGACCGUUAAAGAUGAUGAUAUUGUCUUCGAAGAUUGUGACUCACCGAAUCCCAUGUAUAUGAUUCAUGAUCUUGACGAUUAAAGGACACAAUUUCCAUCUCAAAAAAAAAAAACAAAAACAUACACAAUACACUACUUAGUUGUUUAUGUCCAUAAUGAGAACUUGUUGUGUCUCUAAAAACUUCUAGAGAUACGUACAUAUGUGCCUCAGCUAUGGACCAGAAUGAUUAGGUACUGUAUUUGCAAGCCCACAUGCACGAUUUUACCACAAAAUAUUCAUUUUUUAAGAGGUUUAUCUUUUUUGUAAGAAUAAAAAAAAUCUGAAUUCUAGUUCUAUUUUGUAUUUAAGUUAAAAUCGUAUUGUAACUUAAAAAGUAUAUAUUUACGGUUUUUUGUAGGAAAUAAGAUUAUAAGAAUGCCUAAAUAAAAUCGAUCAAAAAAACAAUUAUCAAAA